UGGUCCGGAGGGGUCGUCGCCCGCCUUGUCUCGUUGCCCAAACGGUUACCCCGCCAUAAAGAGACCUGCAGACAGACUUACCCCUCCAAAAUUUUCUCGAGAUACCCAAAAAACGGCAUCAACCCGAAUUACCCACACAUAGCAGACAAGAUGCCCGAGCUGUUCAACCCGAUCGGUGAGAAGGUCGAGAAGGUCGAGAAGGUCGCCGCGGCGGCCGUUCCGAACGGGACGGACGGCGCCGAGGACGACAAGGUCGUGGAAGAGAUCGAGUCUCUGUGCAUGAACUGCCAGGAAAAUGGUGUGACACGCCUCCUUCUAACCAAGAUUCCCUACUUCCGCGAGAUCAUCGUGAUGUCCUUCUCAUGCGACAAGUGCGGUUUCCACAACAAUGAGAUCCAGCCCGCCGGAACCUUCCAACUCAAAGGCGCCCACUACGAGCUCCGGUUAACCGCCAUGGCCGAUUUCGAGCGCCAGGUCGUCAAAUCGGACACAGCCACUGUCAAGUUCAUCGAGUUGGACGUGGAGGUGCCGGCUGGCAAGGGGCAACUUACAAACGUCGAGGGGUUGCUGACGACGGUCAUCGACGACCUCGCAUACGACCAGCAGAAGCGCAAGGAGGAAGCGCCCGAGGUGUACGAAAAGAUUGAGCAAAUCAUCGCCAAGGGCAGGAAGAUGCUCGCUGGCGAGGCCUUCCCCUUCCGCGUCGCCGUUGACGACCCGGCCGGCAACUCCUUCAUCGCCCCCGACCCCCGCGAUGGCGUAGGCAAGUGGGAGAAACGCGAGUUUCUCCGCACACCAGAGCAGAACGCCGCCCUCGGCCUCGUCGACACCGUCACCACCGGCCUCGACGAGCAGGGCAACAUCAUCCCGGACCAGGUCUACCAGUUCCCCGCCUCGUGCCCGGGCUGCAUGCACCCUUGCACAACCAACAUGAAGAUGGUUGACAUCCCCCACUUCCGCCAGGUCGUCAUCAUGAACACGACAUGCGACGACUGCGGAUAUAAGUCCAACGACGUCAAGACCGGCGGCGAGAUCCCCGAGAAGGGCAAGAAGGUUACGCUGCGCGUCAGGACGGCCGAGGACUUGGCCCGCGACAUCCUCAAGAGCGAGAGCUGCGUCCUUGAGUGCCCCGAGCUCAGCCUUUUGGUCAAUCCGGGCACGCUCGGCGGGCGCUUCACCACCGUCGAGGGCUUGCUGACCCAGGUGCGCGACGAUCUGCACAGCCAGAUCUUCGAGGCCGACGCUGACGCCGGCGCGAGCGCCCGCGUCAACGACUCGCUCAGCGCCGACGAAAAGAAACGCUGGGACGAGUUCUUCAGCAACCUGAACGCCGCCGUCAGCGGCAAGAAGGAGUUCACCAUCGUGCUCACCGACCCGCUGGCGAGCAGCUACGUGCAGAGCCUGGCGGACGACCCGAGCCAGCCGGACGAGCAGAUGACGGUGGAGGAGUAUGAGCGGACGGAAGAGGAGGAGGAGGAGCUAGGGCUGAGGGAUAUGAAGACGGAGGGGUACGAGCAGGAUGCGAAGCACGAGGAGAGCGCAUGAUCCGGCCGUAAUUUGUUUGGUUGUUUGGGUUUUCGGCAAGGUCGGUUGAAGAUAUCUCGUUUGGGUCUCGAUGAGGAGUACGAGCUGCAACAAGCGACGGCGAGGAGAUAGGAGGCGCAAAUCACCAUGUUUCAUUCCCUGUCUAUAGACUCAUUCAAGCUAUUCUUUGAUGCCUGCCGGCCAACCCAUCCAACAGCGUCGUCGCCACCACGGCUUAUCGGAACUGUA